GUUGAUUUCUAAGUUGCAAGUUGUUUAGACCUCUCCCUCUGCUUUUCUUCUCUCCAAAAUCUCUCUCCGUUGUCAUCAAGAAGAAAAUCCAACAGUUUUAAAGAAAUCCAUUAUUGCAGAUUCAGCUCUGUUAAUGGAGACAAUGCUGGUGCCGCCAUGGCUGGAGCCAUUGUUGACCACAUCUUUCUUCACCGUCUGCCGCACGCACGGCAACGCAGCCAGGAGCGAAUGCAACAUGUAUUGCCUGGACUGCAAUGGCGACGCAUUUUGUUUCUACUGUCGAUCUUCUAAACACAAAGAUCAUCAAGUAAUCCAGAUACGGAGAUCUUCGUAUCAUGAUGUAGUGAGAGUUGCAGAGAUUCAGAAAGUUUUGGACAUAACCGGAGUUCAGACCUAUGUGAUAAACAGUGCGAGAGUAUUGUUUCUGAACGAGCGGCCGCAGCCGAAGACCGGAAAAGGAGUGGCGCACAUUUGUGAGAUUUGUGGGAGGAGCUUGUUAGACCCUUUUCGUUUCUGUUCGCUCGGUUGUAAGCUUGUAGGAAUAAGGAGAAAGGGGGAUGCAAGAUUUGUCAUAGAAGGUAAGAACGAAGGAGGAAUAUUAGUGGGAAGGUCGAGAGAUGAAGAAGACGAAGGAUCGCGUGUGGGCUCACAACAAGACAACAUUUACCCGCCCACGCCUCCUCCACCUCCUUCAAAUGCAAGAAGAAGAAAAGGCAUUCCUCACAGGGCACCCUUUGCCUCCUAAUCCAAUUCAUUUUUCUUAUUUAAUUACAUGAAAUCCAGCAAAUAUACCAAUUGUUUGAAGUAAAGAAAGAAAGAAAGAAGAAGAAGCCCUACUCUUUUGAAGGGGGGUGCCUUUGUCCUAAUCAAAAGAAAGAGUAGGGUAUACCCAUUGGUUGGGGUGUCCCAAUUUUAUAGAUAUUUUUUUUUUUAAAAGAAAAAAUUGGGGGGGGGGGGAGAGGAGUAAGUAAGUUUCCUUUUUAGGUUUGGGUCCCAUAACAACAAUUCUCUAUUGUGAAUAAGCAAUAAUGCAGAGAGAUUGGCAUUUGAUAUAUAGUUUUGCCAAGGUGUACAUUAUUGUGUAA